AUGGAGUGUCUAGCAUCACCGAGUACAUCGGGGAAGACCAGAAAACGUACGGCUCAUCCAGAAAACUGGAAACAAAACAUAGCUAAACGGCAGCGAUAUUCCCCUAAGGAAAGUCCAAAUAGACCCAGAUGUCAACACCUCCGGAAGGGUGUUUAUAAAUGCGAGUCAAUAACUAUGCGAGACGUGAUGAACUUUCAUGCGGCAUUUUAUAAAUAUCACAACAAGGAAACACAAGAUGCUUUUCUUCUAAAAUACUGCGUCCCUGUAAUUCCCAAGAGAAAAAGACCUAAAAAUAAGAAACAUCAUCCGAAAACCAUUCAUACAAAUUACAGCAUUUACAGUAUCUUACAGAAAAAAAAAAUAACAAUAUGUCAGAAAGCGUUCCUCGGAAUUUUAAACAUUACUAAACAUCGAGUACAGUAUAUUGCUAAAAAGUUUGUGGAAUCGGGUGGACAAGCAGUAAAAUAA